AUGACAACUGGAAAUGUACGUUGGCUCACCGGCAAUGGUGACAACGCGCUAUCCGAUGGCAUUUCCUUUGGCAUGCCCUGGCCCAGAGGCCUGUAUCAGCCGGGGCAAACAUUCGUGAUUGACGGAGAGGGCAAAAAUUAUCCCCUCGACUCGCGCGAGCUCGCCUAUUGGGCAGAUGGCUCUCUCAAAUGGACGGCCCAUUCGGUCAGCGGCGAUAUCGACUACAGUGAGCGAUACAGCGUCCAGGGCGUGCAGUGGAAAGAGAAGCCCAAUUGCGGUGUCAAAGUCGAACACAUAAACGAUGCCAUUUCAUUGGUCUCUCAACGGGGACUUCAUGUGUCAUUCGCGGCGCCGGGCAGUUCACAGAUUUUGGACACUCUAGCAUUUGACGGACACACCGUAUGCUCUGGUGCCACGAUCGUGGCCUCCAUUGAUGGCAGAGAGUAUUCCCCACACGUCAAGGCAGUUGAAAUUGAGAAUGAAACGAUAAGCCGGGUCGUUGUCAAAGUGUCCGGCAUCGUGGAAGCUGCUGGUAGCGAUGCCCACCUUCCAUUUGACGUGCGAGUCUAUGUGUAUUCGAAUGCGUCAACUCUUCGAAUAAUCCACUCAUUUAUCCACGACUUGGAACCUCACCAGCCUCUCACAUCACUUGGCUUGCGCUUUUCUGUUCCCAUGGGUCGAACGGAGCUGUACAACCGUCAUGUUCGCCUGGGAGGCUCUGAGGGAGGAGUCUUGAAAGAGGAAGUACAGGGUCUGUCUGGGUUACGGCAUGGCCCGACUCUCCAGAACCGAGUUGAUCAAACAGCUGGACGACCUGUCACUCUACGUGAAGAUGAGUGGUCUGGAACGGAGCUUCUUCCCGGACUGUCAUACAUUCCUUCCUGGAACGACUAUUCGCUCGCUCAACUCUCAUCCGAUGGCUUUACAGUCAAGAAACGCACGAAACGGGGCUGUUCAUGGGUCAAAAUUACCGGCGGUGGACGAGCAGAUGGGACUGCAUAUGUGGGUUCGGCACAAACUGGUGGCCUCGCAGUGGGCAUGUCUGACUUCUGGGAACGCUAUCCGACUCAGCUGGAUUUAAGCGGCUUGACCACGGAGGAGGGCACUGUAACGGUUUGGCUGUAUUCACCACUGGCCGAGCCUCUUGAAACAACCCCAUACCAUGAUGGACUUGGAUUGGAUUCUUAUGAAAAGCAGCUGGAGGCGCUCAAUGUGACGUAUGAGGACUAUGAGCCCGGAUUUGCUACAGCAAACGGCAUUGGCAGGACGAACCAGUUCUUCUUGAAACCAUUCCUUUCAACUCCUUCAAAUGACGACCUUAGUUCUUUCUCGGCCCUUGUCCGCAAUCAACCCCGGAUAGUUGCUACAGUGGAGCAUAUGCACUUUGCGGACGUUUUUCAUGGAUGCUGGGCCCCUGAUCCCCGGGCUUUGGGCGUCACACCCCACCCCCAGACGACAAAUAUUGAAAAUAAUCUCGAGCUGCUUUUCAGAUUCUACCAUGGGCAAGUCGAGCAGAACCGAUGGUACGGAUUCUGGGAUCAUGGAGACGUGCAGCAUACAUACGAUCCGCACCGUCAUGCAUGGCGAUAUGAUGUCGGCGGCUUUGCUUGGGAUAAUUCUGAACUAUCGACAGAUCUAUGGCUCUGGCUUUACUUCCUUCACACGGGCAGAGCAGAUGUGUUCAAAAUGGCGGAAGCCAUGACGCGACACACUGGGGAGGUUGAUGUAUAUCACGCAGGAAAAUUCAAGGGAUUCGGGACUCGGCACGGUGUUCAACAUUUCAGCGAUAGCUCCAAGCAGCUUCGAAUUUCCAACGCUCUCUACCGGCGCAUCUACUUCUAUCUAACGGGAGAUGAACGCACUGGUGAUCUGAUUUCGGAGCUUCAGGAAUGUCAAAAUGCCUUGUUGGGGUUGGACUCGCACCGGAAAGUUCAGGCGCACGCUGGCAUUCCCGAGGGGUUUGCCAUGACGAACAUCGGUCUAGACUGCGGGCCACUUGCUGCUGCUUGGUUGACAGCAUGGGAGAGAAGAACAGAAGGGUGGGUAAAGUCAAGGGAGCUACUAAUGAAGUUACUGGAGGGUAUUGCCAGUCUCAAACACGGGAUUGGUAACAAUGCAAUGCUACUAAAUCCCACCACCGGGGAAGUUCAAGAAUGUCCCCCUCCUACGCCAGAGUGGGCUAUCUCGCAUUUAUCUAUGUUAUUUGGGUUCCCAGAAAUUUUUGCGGAGUUGCUUGACUAUGCUCGCGCCGAAUACCCUUCUACUGUGGAGGAUUUCAUGAAAGUGUGGCUCAGCUACUGUCGAGCAUAUAACAGCGGACCCAGUGUUCAACGCGAAGAAUUCGGCUUCGAGUUCCCAUCUCAUGCAACCUGGAGGCAAAGCCACUCUACAUUGACGGCCUUUGCUGCGGUAGAACAAAAUAGUGAAGAACUUGCACAUGCUGCAUGGACUCAGUUCUUCAGUACAGAUGGAUAUACGCAACAUCACGACUGGACAAUCCUCAAGGCUGGUCCUCCGGAAUAUUUUAAUCACAGGGAAGAGGCUGUCUGGAUCAGAACUAACGAGGCUGCUCGCUAUGGCGUCUCGGCAAUUUCCAACCUUGCAAAUAUCGGAAAGUAUCUAAAAUAG